AUGGGACCGCCGGACAGUCCUUAUCAAGGAGGUGUAUUUUUUCUCACCAUUCACUUUCCUACGGAUUAUCCAUUUAAACCACCAAAAGUUGCGUUUUCAACGCGUAUUUAUCAUCCCAAUAUAAAUAGCAAUGGUUCUAUUUGUUUGGAUAUUCUCAGGGCUCAAUGGUCACCUGCUUUAACUAUUUCAAAAGUUUUAUUGUCAAUUUGCUCUCUUUUAUGCGAUCCUAACCCAGACGAUCCACUCGUGCCAGAAAUCGCCAGGAUAUAUAAAACAGAUCGAGACAAAUACAAUGAAUUGGCCCGGGAGUGGACGAGAAAAUAUGCUAUGUGA